AUGAUUCUAAACAAUAAAUUGAGACGUCUGGGAACUUUAAGGAAUACGCAACAACCUGCUAAACCGAUGAGCAUCGAGAACUUAGUAGUUAAUAAAUCGUCUUACACGUUUAGCACGAAGGAAAUGGACCUUCUCAACAAAGGACUAAAAUAUGCAAUCACACCCAAGCGAACUGAUAAGGAAGACAUCAUAGCAGAUGUGGAGACAGCCAUAAGAGGAGCGGAUCAUGGAGCCAAGGAGAACAUUAGGAAAGAAGUAUACAAAAUACUAAGAGGAAGCAACAACACCAACAGCAACCUAGAUAACAAACCCAAAAGUGAACAUUCAACGGUGAAAAGUUUAAAUGAAAAACCAGUGUAUUACAUAAAAGCAGAAAAGGGAAACACUAUCGUUAUUAUGAACAAGGACGAUUACGAUGAAAAGAUCUUAGAUAAACUUAAUAACGGAAAUUUUAGAAAAAUUAGGACCAACCCUUUAAAGGAAUCAGCAGUGAAGGUUAAGAAAGCUUUAAAGGAGUGUAAGUUUCUGGACUUCAACAUCAACGACUUGACGAUGCCGAAUCCAUCAGUUCCGAAACUGGUGUGUCUACCAAAGAUUCACAAGGAAGGUGAGCAGUUCAGGGAGAUCAUUUCCGCUAACGGCGCCCCAACAUACAAAAUUGCGAAGUGGCUCGUGAAAAGAUUUGGGGAAAUGGAUUUCCGUUCCUGUUCUAUCAAGAAUAGAGAGGAAUUUAUAGAAAAAACGAAAGGCUUAAAGAUUGGUCCUGAUGAAUUAAUGGUAUCGUUCGAUGUCAAAGCGCUCUUUCCCAGUGUUCCAGUUAACGAAGCUCUUGAAUAUUUGAAAGUAUGGUUAUCAACACAAGAAGGAGAAACAGAAACAGAAAAUUGGAACAACAAAGUAAAAGAAUACCACAAAUUAGCAAGACUUUGCAUUGAGGAGAAUUACUUCGAAUUCACAAACGAGAUGUACAGAACAACAUCAAGAGUAUCGAUGGGCAAUCCACUUUCACCAUUUAUCGCAGAAUUAUUUAUGUCCAAAUUGGAAAAAAGAAUGGAGGAGGAUUCUCUGAUGCCUAGAGUAUGGAUGCGGUAUGUUGAUGACGUCUUCGCGAUAGUGGACAAGGAAGAACUGGAGAAUAUAAACAGAUGCAUCAACAAAUUACAUAGAAACAUCGAAUUUACAUUCGAAAUUGAGGAAAAUGGAGUGGAAAUGGAGUUUUUUGGACAUAUUGGUGAAAAGAAAAUCUGA